AUGGAUAAUACAAACGAUGACACAACAACAUCGAAACAGCUACGUCGCAAAGAACCACCAUUUCUGGUGUAUCUUCGGUUUCGUCCAUUCAUUGCUGAUGAAAUAGCCAAAGGUGAAAAUCAGCAAACAAUUGAAGUAUUAGAUGAAAAACGUGUAGGUAUAAAAAUUUAUCCAACAAUCGCUAGCCAAAUACGAUCGGUACAAUCAUCAUACAAUGAAUAUGAGGUUACACGUGUUUUCAAUGAAAACUGUACGCAACAAGAAUUUUAUUCAUCAACAUUUGAAAUACCUACAAAUGAAGUUUUUGAGGGCUCAAACUGGUUAUUAUUUACAAUGGGUUUAUCUAACAGUGGCAAAACUCAUACGAUGUUCGGUACUGAAGAGAAACCAGGUAUUAUUCCUCAGUGUUUUACACAAAUAUUUCAUUACAUUGGAUCAAAUAUUGAUAAUAAUGUUGUAUAUAAACCGGCGGGUCUCGAAACAUAUGCCAUAUGUAAACAAACGGAUUUAAAUCAAGAAAUAGCAUCAAGAGAUUAUAUAUUUGAACAAGAUCGAACGGAUGAACGCAGAAUGAAAUUACCAAAAAUUGUUCAAAAACAAAGUUUAGAUGAUUUAUCGCUGCAAGAUGAAUAUUAUUCGGUGUGGAUAUCGUUUUUUGAAUUGUAUAAUGAACACAUCUAUGACUUAUUAGUUCGAUCAAAUGAAAUCAAAUCACGAAAACCGUUACGUUUGUUACAAGGUGAUUCAACAACAACAAUUCGUAAUCUAAUUCAGGUGCCAGUGUUCGAUUUGGAAGAAGCAAAAGACGUUGUCAAAUAUGGUUUUAUUAAUCGUUCAACAUCAAAAACAGUUUUUAACGAAGCUUCAUCACGAAGUCACGCAAUAUUGUGUAUUACACUAAUAACAACGGAUGAAUUUAGUGAACAACCAACAAUGAGUCAUUUGUACAUUUGUGAUUUAGCUGGUAAUGAACCAUCAACACAGCAUGCUGGUAAACAAAUGAAUGAAACGUGUAACAUCAAUACAUCAUUAAUGACAUUAAAAGAUUGUAUCCGUGUGUUGAAUGAAAACCAAAAAGCAAAUGUAUUGACAAGUAUUUUUCGACCAUUUUUCUGUGGCGUUGGUCAUAUCUCUAUUGUUGUUAAUGUCAAUCCAUGUGCAAGCUUUACGUCACAAACUAAUGAUCUUUUAAAGUUUGCUUCAUUAGCCCAGAAGACUACAAUUGUACAAUGUGAACCAAUCAUUGCUAAAGCAGCCCCAGCACCAUCAUCUUCAGCGCUUAAAUAUGCUAAAUCAAAAAAUCUGAAACGUUUAACAGGUUCCAAAGUGAUUCCAGUACUUCGUAAUAAAGCGAAUAUAAGUAGUAAAGAAGAAGAAUUUUUAGGCGAACAAGAUGAUGAAAAUUUAAUUUCAUACUGGCGUAAAGCGACUGAUGCUGCAUUAAAAUUACUUCAGAAACAAGCAACAUGGCGUCGAUCAUUUAUGAUUGAAAGACACGACGAACGUGUUAAACUUGUGGGCGGUCUGAUGCAGCAGCGCGAUACAAUUAAAAAACUGAAUGCAGAUAUUUCAUCGCUGAAUGAGCAAAUUACUGUUGCACAAAUAGCCAACGUUCCUUCACGUUCAGCCGAGAGCAUCCGUUUGUUAACAGAAAAAACUGAUGAAUACUCAAAAAAAAUUGAUCAGCUUCAGCGUUCCUAUGCUGAAAUAUUGAAACAAAACGAUGAAAUAAAAACAAAUUAUAAUUCAUUGAAAGAUCAAUGUGUGACGAUGGAAAAUGGAUAUAAAAAUGAAAUUAUUCAACAUUUGUCAAAUGAAUCGAAAUUGUCCACACAAAUCGAGCAAAUGACUGUUGAGCAUGGAAAGGAAAUGGCUCGCAUGAAACGUGAAUUAAAUUUGGAAGUUUAUCGGAAACAAGAUUUUGAAAAACGACUUCGCGUUACAACUGAGAAGUUAGAAAGUGAAAUAGCUGAAUGCAUUAAACAAAAGAAGUUGAUAGAACAAAAACAUCAGGAUCAUCAACAAACACUUAUUAAAUGUGAUAAUUUGCAAAUAGAACUUUGUCGAGUACGAAAUGAAAAUCAAGAAGAAAUAAAAGAAUUUACAGAUAAGUACGAAGAACAAAAGAAAUUAAAUGAAAAAAUAUUUGCUGAAAAGGAAAUAUGGAAACAGAAAUAUGAAAUGAUGAUAGGAAAAUUAACUGAAAUGGAGGCAGCAGCAAAUGCAACCGUUCCACAACAAGAUGAUACAAUAAGCAUUCGUAGUCGAUUAAAACGUCAAACAAAUGAAAUUAAUUCAGAUGAAACUGAUGCUAAAAAACCAAAACGUGUAACUCGUUCGAGUUCAAGAAACAAUUCAGCAAGCAGUGAUGAAAACAAUAGUGUAAUACAACUGGAAACAAGAUCAUCGAAAAAGAAAAUAUCAACGCGUCAAAAGAAGAAUUCUCAAAUAAAUGAAACAGCAUCUAGUCGAGUAAGAACAUUUGUUUCUGCUUCGAGUAUAAAAACAAAUCAAGAUUUUGUGUGUCAUGUUGAUGAAAUUGAUCGAUUUUCAAAAUUAGUGAAACAAAUUCAAACAGAAAUUGAACCAAGAACAAAUAAGAAGACGACGGCUGUAGUACGUGCUCGACAAAAUAAACAACAACAAAAUGGAUUAGACAUUGGUCGUCAAUAUCAUCCACAAACUCCAACUGUCACACAUUCUGUCUCAUCGGCGAUAAAACAUUCGGUAGACGAUAUCAUACCAGUUGUUGUACAUCACACUGUUGCUCAUUCUCCCAUGUUAACUACUGUUCAACGUACUCCCUCGCACGUAAGUACAUAUGGUCAUCCAUCAGCUGAACAAUCGCUUAGUACACCAAAACAAUCAACAACAUUCAAAGGACGAUUGCAAUCACUAUUUCGUCAUACGCCGUCAUCUGCCGGAUCAAUACGUGUCAAUCGUUUUCAAACAAAAACUGCAGUGGCCUUUGGAUCUUCUACGCCAACCUCUAGAGUGUUGCAACCCAUACAUACUCCACAAGCAGUAGUUCCACCAGUUCUACCAAAAGUUCAAACACCGAGAAAUAAAUAUAAUUUACGAAAUCGUUUUUUUUCGAAUCCAAGUUAUAAAGAUGAGGAAGUCGAAGAGAAGCCACGUCCGAAAAAAGGAAAAGGUAGCCGAAAAUAA